AUGGCGGAAAAUCGUAGCUCCGCUCAAAGCGAAUUUGGUAAUAUUACGCGUUUACAAGAGGACUACUCCAUGACAAUGGACCACGAUGCGGACCCAAAUACGCAAGAGAGUCGCGAUGAUAGCACACACACACCUAACUCAUCUGCACACAACACAGAUGAGGAUGAUGAUAGUGGUGACGGACGUAGUAGCACUGCGCUAGCUUCCUCAUCUACGUUAAGUUAUAAAGAGAGGCGACGUGAAGCACACACACAAGCUGAGCAAAAGAGGCGCGAUGCUAUUAAAAAAGGAUAUGAUAGCCUGCAAGAGCUAGUGCCAACCUGUCAACAAAAUGAUUCGGCGUCGGGCUAUAAAUUAAGCAAAGCGCUCAUAUUACAAAAAUCCAUAGACUACAUUGGUUAUCUAAAUUUACAAAAGAAAAAGCAAGAAGAAGACAGCGCUGCGUUACAGAAAGAAGUGGCAGCAUUACGUAUAAUACAACAUAGUUAUGAGCAUAUGUUGCAGCACCAACAAGCAAAUCCUGGGCCUGAAGAAGCGCGCCUAACGGAUGAGGCAAAAUUCCAAGUGUUUCAGGCAAUUAUGGAUGAAAUGUUUGAGACAUUCCAAAAUAUACCAAUGGAUAACUUUAAGCAGUUAACAACCGGCGUUAUACCUUGGCUGGAAGAAUACUGUAAGCCACAUAUUUUGCGCAGCAUCCUAAGUCGCACCCUCCAGCAAAUGUCACAUGCGCAGGUGCAAGAUAAACAAAAGCAACAGCAGCAAGACAAUGAAGGUUUUAGUUGAUUUUACAAUACGUGUCUGAAACGCUUUGAGCCUAAAGGAUAGCUAGAUUACUGCAUAUCAUUAGGGCUUAUCUUUGGAAAAUACAGUAGAUUUUUUUUUAAUUAGUGAUAUUUUUCUCCGGGAAUGAUUUUAUCAAUUGGUUUAUUUCUUUAACAAGAUUGCCAUUUUAUUAAGCCAAAUAGUAAACCUCGUUUUUUAUUUGUAUUUGUGUAAUUUAGAAAAAUUGUGCGUUGUAAUAAUAAUUUUUUACCUUGUUCCAAAAUCGUCUUGAUUAUAAUUUAAGAUGUUUGGGUUCUUACAAUAUUUAGUUUAAAUAUGUAUGUAUAUUUCAAUUAUCAUAUUUUUUUAUUAGACUUCUUCUACACACGCAAAUACUUAUAUAUUUGAGUCUAUAAUUCAGGGUUACACAGGGUUAAGGACAUAAAGCAAAAGCAUUAAUUUUAAUGAUUGGGUGUUUACUUGUAAGAUGUUUUCAUUUAUAAUUUGUUGUAUUUGUAGGCAAUUAAAAAUGUUUAUUAAUUUUGUAUGUAUUGUGCUCAAUGUAAUCUGUUCAAUUAAAAUGAUGCCUUAAACUGA